AUGUACUGUAAAUUCCUACCCUCCACCGUGUACUGUACAUUCCUACCCUCCACCUUGUACUGUACAUUCCUACCCUCCACCAUGUACUGUACAUUCCUACCUUCCACCAUGUACUGUAAAUUCCUACCCUCCACCGUGUACUGUACAUUCCUACCCUCCACCUUGUACUGUACAUUCCUACCCUCCACCGUGUACUGUACAUUCCUACCCUCCACCGUGUACUGUACAUUCCUACCCUCCACCGUGUACUGUACAUUCCUACCCUCCACCGUGUACUGUACAUUCCUACCCUCCACCGUGUACUGUACAUUCCUACCCUCCACCGUGUACUGUACAUUCCUACCCUCCACCGUGUACUGUACAUUCCUACCCUCCACCGUGUACUGUACAUUCCUACCCUCCACCGUGUACUGUACAUUCCUACCCUCCACCGUGUACUGUACAUUCCUACCCUCCACCGUGUACUGUACAUUCCUACCCUCCACCGUGUACUGUACAUUCCUACCCUCCACCGUGUACUGUACAUUCCUACCCUCCACCGUGUACUGUACAUUCCUACCCUCCACCGUGUACUGUACAUUCCUACCCUCCACCGUGUACUGUACAUUCCUACCCUCCACCGUGUACUGUACAUUCCUACCCUCCACCGUGUACUGUACAUUCCUACCCUCCACCGUGUACUGUACAUUCCUACCCUCCACCGUGUACUGUACAUUCCUACCCUCCACCGUGUACUGUACAUUCCUACCCUCCACCGUGUACUGUACAUUCCUACCCUCCACCGUGUACUGUACAUUCCUACCCUCCACCGUGUACUGUACAUUCCUACCCUCCACCGUGUACUGUACAUUCCUACCCUCCACCGUGUACUGUACAUUCCUACCCUCCACCGUGUACUGUACAUUCCUACCCUCCACCGUGUACUGUACAUUCCUACCCUCCACCGUGUACUGUACAUUCCUACCCUCCACCGUGUACUGUACAUUCCUACCCUCCACCGUGUACUGUACAUUCCUACCCUCCACCGUGUACUGUACAUUCCUACCCUCCACCGUGUACUGUACAUUCCUACCCUCCACCGUGUACUGUACAUUCCUACCCUCCACCGUGUACUGUACAUUCCUACCCUCCACCGUGUACUGUACAUUCCUACCCUCCACCGUGUACUGUACAUUCCUACCCUCCACCGUGUACUGUACAUUCCUACCCUCCACCGUGUACUGUACAUUCCUACCCUCCACCGUGUACUGUACAUUCCUACCCUCCACCGUGUACUGUACAUUCCUACCCUCCACCGUGUACUGUACAUUCCUACCCUCCACCGUGUACUGUACAUUCCUACCCUCCACCGUGUACUGUACAUUCCUACCCUCCACCGUGUACUGUACAUUCCUACCCUCCACCGUGUACUGUACAUUCCUACCCUCCACCGUGUACUGUACAUUCCUACCCUCCACCGUGUACUGUACAUUCCUACCCUCCACCGUGUACUGUACAUUCCUACCCUCCACCGUGUACUGUACAUUCCUACCCUCCACCGUGUACUGUACAUUCCUACCCUCCACCGUGUACUGUACAUUCCUACCCUCCACCGUGUACUGUACAUUCCUACCCUCCACCGUGUACUGUACAUUCCUACCCUCCACCGUGUACUGUACAUUCCUACCCUCCACCAUGGAGCCUGAAGUUGGUUCCUAG